UUCUCCAAACCAAAUGAAGGAGCCGUUUUUUCAAGGGCCACUCCGUUGGGACAAGCACAGAAAUUUUCACUUUCCAGCUUUCAUGGCACAAUAUUUGUUAAAAAUUUCCAAGAUUCUACGAGUACUUGCAUACAUACUUCUCUGUGCACAUCACAUAUAUCAAAUUCUACCACUACUAGCAUACAUACUUCUCAGCGCAUAUUGCAUAUAUCAAGUGGAAGGACUGUGGGGAAGGCUAAUUCAGGGAAAUCUGAUGAGUUGAUGUCAGAUUUCAACUAUUUGAUGCCAAAAUGCAGGAAAUCAGGAAAACUUGAUGUAGCAAGGAUGUUAAUUGAGGAGUCCAGAAAAGUAGGGUUGAUUUCAAUGUAUAAAGUACAUCGCACAUGGAUUGGGUCUCUUCUAGGAGAGAAUAGAGUUGAUGACGCACUGCAUUACUUUGUAAAAAGGGUCUCGGAAGGUUUUCAUCCCAACUCUCAAUGCUAUGGUGCAUUGCUAAUUGGCCUUUUGAAAAAUAAUAGGCACAGAGUAGUUAGUUGUUUGCUGAAUAAUAUGAAAGAUAAUAAUGUUUUCCCAGACUCAAGGACUAUGAAUGCUAUAGUUUGUUUACUCUGCAAAGAGAAACUUAUCAAUGUUGCAAUUGAUUUGUACAGUGAAGGAUCAAAAAUAGGGUUUAUUCCUGAUAAUAUUACAUACAAUAAACUGAUAAAUGCUCUUUGUGGUUUGGGAAAAAUGGAUGAGGCCUACAAAGUUCUAGAUGAUGGGAUGGAAGCUGGGUUUUUUCCAUGUAAAGGUACACUGGCAAUUCUUCUCGGUGCUCUCUGCAUGGCUGGGAAACUUGAUAAUGUUUAUAAACUUUUUGUUGCAGGAGUUGAAAGGCAAUGUGUCCCUGACUAUUGUACUUGUAGUGAAAUCAUUUCUUCCUUUAGCAAAGCCGGCAGAGUUGAUGAUGGAUAUGCAAUUCUUUGCAUGUUGGUGAAGUUAAAUGUCUUUGUCAAGAAAAGAACUUUUUUUGCAUUAAUAGAUGGUUUUUGUGCUGCCAAAAAGGGAGACAUGGCUUCCAAAUUGCUUCUCGAAAUGAGAGGCAAUGGUCACUUACCUGGUCGUUCCAUUUUGAAAAGUGUAAUUUGUGUUCUUUGUGAAACAGGUCAUGAAGAUGAGGUUCUUGAACUAUUACUUGUGCAUGUUUCUGAUUCCUCUUCAGAUGUCAAAUUGUAUAAUACAUUUAUAAAAACAAUUUGUAGGUUCCGCAGGCCUGAUAUUGCCAUGAAAAUUCUUGAAAAAAUGUGUGAAAACAACUGCAGGCCUAAUUCCAAAACCUAUAUCAGUUUGUUACAUGGCUACUUGAAAAGUAAAUAUGUGGUUAAUGCUGUGAACUUGUUUAGGGCACUGUUGGCAGAAACUCAAAUUUCAUCAAAGCUUUACAAUGUUAUGGUCAGUGGUCUUUGCACUAUAGAGAAAGAGGAUCUGGCAGUUAUGUACUAUGAUGAAAUGAACAAGAAGGGAUUGUAUCCCAGCGUUGGGUGCUAUGAGAAAGUUAUUUAUGCUUUGUGCAACCAAGGAAAUUUGAAUAAGGCACUGAAAUGUUUUUGGGAUAUGAAGCAGAAAGGGCACCACUGCAGCACUUUCAUUUACAAUGUGCUUGUUGGCAGUUGCUUAAAGUCACAUGAAGUUAACCAUGCUUGGUUUAUCUUUGAUAACAUGCGAAAGCAAGGUUGCCCUCCUAAUGUUUCCACUUUCAGCAUAUUGAUUUCUGGUCUGUCUGAUGCAAAUAUGCUAGAAUCUACCAUGGGAGUAUUGGAAGAAAUGAUGGAAGAAUGCGUAACUGCUGAUAUCUUUAUUUACAAUAAGCUACUUAGAGGCCUUUGCAAGGAGGGCAAGAUGGAAGUUGCUACUGAUCUAUUGAGGAGAAUGUCUCAGAAAGGUUGUCAACCAAAUGCGUCCACUUACGAUUGCCUAAUAUAUUAUUUAGAUAGAGCUGGCAGGGUCUACGAUGCUCAGAAACUUCGGGAAGAAAUGGUGGAAAAGAAACUGCAUAUGUAUAGAUGAAGGGUCAUUUUUCAAGUAUAGGUUCUAACCGAGAUCUAAAAGUUGCAAGUGGUGCACAAUCUUCAUUUGAUAAAAUCACUUAUUUUGGUAUUCAUAUUUAUUCUGUCACCAGAGAUAAUAAUGGGAUAUUGCUUCCCUCAUUAUUUAUUCAUUCAAAUUUUAUGAAGGUAAAGAAAAAUUUCAACUAA